UGGUGGUGGGGUUUAAGCAUGCAGGCACAAAAUGACCAAGAAACCUAUUACAGACAUUGCCAGGGUAGCUGCUUUUGGGGGUGAAUUCUCCUCAUGCCCUUGGAUGCCUCAGUCAAAGUCAGAGUGUGUGAAGAGCUCCAUGCUGCCUCGGCUAGUAGAAUGUCUCUAUGUUGGUUGGUGUUUAGGCAAGCAAGCGAAGCAUUCAGCUCAUCAAGUAGAGCAAUGCGGUUGGCUGUGACCCUGCUGUUCCACUGCUGGAAAUUAGUAACGUGUUGCACACUGAGAAUCAGAGAUGCUGUAUUAUCCUGUAUUGUGCCUUACCUCUGGCCUUCCCUGAUAUAUAGGUCUACAUAGGUCAUAUUUGGCCUGUGGAGUGCAGCGGAGUGUGCAUGCAGCGCAAAGGGAAAAGCAUUAUGUUUUGAAAGUAGGCCAUGCUGUUGCUCAAAAAAUCACACAAAUACAAAGUCGCACAAAGUGGGGCCUAAUUUUCCAGUCACUUUUGAAGUCAGUGUGUGAACAAAGUCACUUCCGUCAAAUGUGUGUUUUGAAGUCAUGACACAGUUUUAAUUUCUAAGUGCAUUUCCUUUUUAAACAGGCUUUGAGGUUCAGUUAGCCACAGAAAACAAAUUACUGAGGGGGCAAGUCUCCUCCUUUCAAUAUAAUCUACCGUACACUGACACCAGCUACAGUCACUUCCUGACCAAUAUGACUCUACGGAAACUUUGCUUUGUCCUGCUUCUGCCUAUACUUGUGUGUUACAGUGAUGAAGCUGGUACGGAGAUUCUUAUGAAAAUCAUUGACAAACAACCAGAUGUUACUCGAAUAUGCAGCAACGAAACGCUGAACGUGAUCAUGCUGAUAGUGUGUAAGAUCAGCACACAGAGGAGCAGAGGAGAAGAGUGCAGGCUGCUGUAUAAACAUGGACACAACUUUGAGCAUGGAUGUGACUCCAGGUUCACACUGAUGAAAGAAAACGGGACUGUGUUUCUCCACCUGAAAAAUGUAACAGCAGAGGACGGCGGGAGCUACACCUGUGAGUGUGUACAGACCGGAGGAACAUAUAAGCUCCAGCUCAGUGUCACUGUGGAAGUGCCAAUCUCAGAGGAGGAAGAGAACAUCAAUUCAACAGACACGUCUAUUUCUCUUUAUUUGAUCACUGCAGCAGGAGUCGUCAUUGUAACUGGAGUUAACCUGGCAUUUUUCUACUGGUUGAGAAGUCGUGGUUGCCGUUCACGCUCAGAAACAAUUGAAAUAUCUGUACGUAAAACUUCAUCUUCUGUGUAUGACAAUGACCUGGGGGACCAGUACAGAAGCCUUCGGCAGCCAGGAAAUGAUCUCUAUCAAAAUAUCGCCUCAGUCCGCUAUCAGCGUAACAUCAGGACACAUGCAGCUAGACGUGCUGAAAAUGUCUGCAAGGAUAAUCUGGAAAUGGAUCAGGUGUCUAAUGACUACGAAAACAUUUGAACUAGAACUGAAGUUAACUUCUAGUUUGUUUCAGUCAUCCAGUUGAAGUUCACAGGGCCUGUCCCAGCUGUGCAAAUCCAAAAGCCAAGGUACAUCUUGGAUACACUCUGUCACAGCGCGAGCAGACAAAAGACAAAUCUUCAUGCUCACAAUAAGUGGCCAAUUUAGAAGUGCACUUAACCUAAACCAGGCAUGUCUUUGGACCGUGGGACAAAACUGGAGUAGCUGUCAACAAUCAACAGAGGCAUUGACUCAAUACUAACAAGUUUGUGUCCAGCUUGGGAGGUAUGUGUCAAAGAGCCAACAGAGAAGUGUUUUCAGUGAUUGCAGAUGUUCUCCUGUGCAAUUUUCCAAAAUCCCAACUGCACAGUGCAUGAUGUGGAUGAAGCAAAACGGGUGAAAAAAACAUCACAGAUCAAAAAAGAUGCAUAAGAAUCCCAGACAGCAGCUGCAGCGGACAUUUUCAUUGUUUUUACCUCAGUUUCACUUCAGUGCUUUGUAUGUUAUAACUUCACUCUCCUCCAUGGCUGGCUGAUGGACCAACAACAGUAGCCCAAAGACCGUUUGUGCCAUAUAUUUAUAACACUGCCCCCACCUGACAACAGACGCUCUCUGCAGGCAGACAGGUGGUUUGAAGCUGACCACAGACUGCCCGGAGACUGCUACGGGACCACCACCAUUACGAUAUUAAGUUACAACAACACUGUGUGACAGUUAGUUCUCUUAUUAAGAGACAUUAAUACCAAUAAGCUGCUAAGAUGAUGUUGUAUUUUAUUUACAUGUCUGUUUCAGCACUUUAACAUUUGCAUCUGUCUAACUGGCUAACCAUGCAAGACUAUUGCAAGCAUUGCUCUGUAAUAGUGCGACAUUUUGGACCCCAGGAGGUCCUUC